AUUGCUUUCAAGGUAGCCAUCUUAAAUAAUAACACAUUUUAAUCUAUUUACGCAAUUUAUUUUUCUCCAAUAAAACAUUUGGCUCCAUUCGUCUAGGCUAUAUCUGAUACAGAUCGAAAAAAGAAAAAAUAACGCACCAUACGUUCUCCCCACCCGUAACAGAGGCUAUAUCUCCGACAUAAAGAAGCAGUGGAUUUAUAAAAUUAGUUUAGAUAAGUUCAAAGUAGGAGAAGAUGGCUACCGAGAAGGAAACGCAUGAACCCAACCUUCAAAUGAUAAACGGUCUUCCAUUUUCUUUGAUGUUUCGGAAGGACAAAAUAGAAGAGGCUUUAAACUUCCAAUCACAAAUGGGUGACGUCAUCAUCGCCACUUAUCCGAAAACAGGGACUACGUGGAUGCAGUACAUCGUCCUACAGAUACUGACAGGAGGUGAGGAUUUUCCGCCAUUCAAUGACGUACUAGAGAAACAUGUGCCAUACAUCGAUAUGGUGGGAGUGUCCGCUGUCGAAGAUUUGAAGACGAGGCCCAGAGCAUACAAGACCCACCUGCCUUACAACAUGAUGAAAACGGACCCAGGAUCCAAAGUCAUUUACGUCUACAGAAAGCCUGAAGAUACCUUUGUGUCCUUUUACCAUUUCAUGAACAAUAUGAUGGGGAAUCUGAACUUUGAUCGAUAUUUCGAAGAUUUCAUGCGUGGUUUUGUCUCUUAUGGCUCGUAUUUCGAACAUAUCCUUUCUUAUUGGAAUCACCGCAAUGAAAGAAAUAUGUUGCUGUUGUCCUACGAGAAGUUGCAGGCUGACACGAGGAAAGAAAUUUUGGGUGUCGCCAAAUUCAUGGGCGAGGAGUUCUACGAAAGACUUGCAAGCGAUCAGUCGAUCAUGGAUAAAAUUCUUCUGAAUACCAGUUUCGGUCACAUGCAGAAGAACCUGAAACUCGUCUUCCCCGAGAAUCCUGCGAGGGAUAACUAUUCGAAAGAUGUCCCUCAGAAGCAGGUAAACUUCUUCAGGAAAGGAAAAGUGGGAGACGGUAAAAGACACUUGAGUGAAACUCAGCUGAAGAGGCUAAAGACUCUCGCUACAGAGACCUUGAAAGGAACAGAUAUACUUCAGGAAUGGUACAGCAAUGAGGAAUGAUCACUUUUUUUCCAGCGAUUUGCGGAAUCUUAGGGAUUUCUGAGAGUUUUCUUUUCAUGUUAUGAUUUUUGAAAAACUGUAGGUGAAUUUAUAUCUAAUUAAUUAUCCAUUAUUUAUUUAAUAUUUUAGCCAUUUUUAUUGCAUUUUCAAUUAGAAUGAUUGUGGAAAAAGAAGAGCAAAAUUAAAAACAAUGUUCUUUCAAGUAACAAUGUAUUAAAUGCAUAAUGAAAGGGAUCUGCAUUUACGAAAAAUUACAUUAGUAUUUCGAGUCGAAUAAAAAUAACGAAAUUCAA